AGGCCAAAAUGGAGACGGGAGUGUCAGAUGUCAGCAACCCCUUUUCAGUAGAAGGUGACAGCCUGAUCCUGGAUCUCGACUUGUAUGAUGCCGACAACUAUGACGUCCCGGAUCCAGGGCUGCUCAAGGAGAAGAAUGAGUCGUUUUCGGAGCCAGUCCCGGGGCUUUUUACCAGCAGCUUGCGGUGGCAGAACAUGACCCCGCGCGCCCGUGCCCGCCAGCUAUGGCUACUCCUGCGUACAGGCCUCCGUGACUUCGUGGAAAAGGAAAAGAGAGCCGAGCUGUGCGUGGGCCGCUUGACACACGGGCUGGAGCCGCUGCGCCACCUGACGGUGGCAGCUGGGCUGCGCUCAGUGGCGCAGGACCCAGCGGGCAGACGCUUCGUGGUGCUGGAUGGUGCAGGCCGCCUGCACCUGCACAGAGAAGACGGCUGGGCUUACGAGAAGCUGUGUGCCCCAGCAGUGCUCACGGGGCUGGUGGCGGUGCCAGGCCCUCUGGGUGCUGUGGGCCGCUUUGUGGGCUGGGGCCCCGAGGGGCUGGCCAUACUAAGGCCUGACCUCAGCCUGCUGUGGCUGAGCAAGCCAGGGGUGGCCAGGGUGCCGGGCCACCAGCCCGUCUGCUGUCUGCCGGUGCCCAGCCUGGGGCUGUUGCUGGUGGCAGAGGAAGGAGGCAGCCUGGUGCUCUGGAAGUUCCGUUCAGGAGGCCGCUGCCUGGUGCCGUGUGGGUCACCUCUGCAGCUGCCACCAAGCCCUGCAGGUGCAGUCACCCGUUUGGUUCUCGGGCCCUUGCCCUCCCACCAAGCCCCAUGCUGCUUCGCGGCCUGUGGCUCGGCUGUGCUCACCUUUGCUCUGGACAGCUGGUCUCUCGUAGACGUGCGCCGGGACCUGCAUAAAACCACCAUCUCGGACCUGGCCUACUGCAAGGAGGUAGAGGCCAUGGUGACGGCUUCUCGCGACAGCACAGUGAAGGUGUGGGAGGCCGACUGGCAGGUCCGGAUGGUGUUCGUGGGCCACACAGGCCCAGUGACAGCUGUGGCCGUGCUGCCGAACACCGCCCUAGUCCUGUCAGCCUCGCAGGAUGGGACGCUGCGCACGUGGGACCUGCAGGCGUCAGCACAGGUGGGCGAGGUGGCGCUGAGCAGCCGGGGCCGAGGGGUGCCAUCUGGGCACGUGAACCGCCUGCUGGCGCCCGCUGGCCCCGGCUGGCCAGUGCUCUCUUUGAGCGCGAGCAGCGUGGAGCUGUGGCUCCUUCGCGAGCUCUACUCGCCGUUGGCGCAGCUGUCAGCGCAGGUGCUCCACCUGCAGACCGCGCCCGCGCUGCCCGCGCCCGCGCACCCGCCGCUGCCUAUGCGCCUUGUGUGCGCAUGCGCCGAUGGCUCGGUGUACCUCGUGUCGGUCGCCACCGGGCGCACGGUGAGCGCGCUGCUGCUCGAACCGGAGGACGGCGCAGCCUCGCUGCUUUAUUGCCUACCGCGCGAAGCACUGUGGCUGCUGACACGCGCCGGACACCUGGUGUGUGCCAACGCUGCACGAUGCCCCAUGCGCGUGCUAAACCGGGUGUGCCCGCCCCCGGCCCCUGCGCCCAGGCCCUGCUGCCUGCACCUAUACAGCCACCUCACAGACCCCAGCAGCGCAUUCGCCAGCUGGCAGAUCGUACGCCAGCAUGGGGGCGAGCUGUGCCUCAGUGACCUGGCCCGACCCCGGAAGGACAAAAACCGGUACCUGCCCGUGGUGGGACACACGGAUGGCACCCUAUCGGUCCUUGAGUGGCGCUGGUCGAAGCCCGUCUUCCAAACCGAGGCACACAGCCCGGGCCCCGUCACCGCCAUUGCAUCUACCUGGAACUGCAUUGUGUCCUCUGGCGGAGACUUGACCGUGAAGAUGUGGCGUGUCUUCCCCUAUGCUGAGGAGAGCCUCUGCCUGCUGCAAACCUUCUCUUGCUGCCACCCGGCGACGGUGCUCUGCGCUCUGGGGAAGCGGGUGACUGUGGGCUUUGAGGACCCAGACAGCGCCACCUACGGCCUGGUGCAGUUUGGCCUGGGCAACAGCCUCCGCUACGAUCACCGGCCCCAGGAUGACCCCACGGACCACAUCACUGGUGAGGGGCAGGCCAAAAAUAAAGCCCAGGCCAUCCUCUGGCCCUGGUCCCUCACGCUGAGCCCUGGUCCCUCAGGCCUGUGUUGCUGUCCCACACUCAAGCUGUAUGCCUGUUCCAGCCUGGACUGCACCGUCCGCAUCUGGACAGCCGAGAAUCGCCUGCUGAGGCUCCUGCGGCUGAAUGGCGCCCCUCAGGCCCUGACCUUCUGCAGCGACAGUGGGGACCUGGUGCUGGCUCUGGGCUCCCGACUCUGCCUCGUGUCCCAUAGGCUCUACCUGCCCACAUCUUACCUGGUUAAGGUAUGCAGUGGGCACAGGAUUCCUGGGCAGAGUGAGGCUGCUGUGGGCAGACAGGCCCCCCCAGGCCAGAGCUGUAGGUUUCUUUCUCCUGUUCAGAAGCUAUGCCGGAAGGUCCCUGAUGUGGUGGAUGACCCUCCCCUGCCACUGACCACCCAGGAGUCGCUGACCUCAGCCCAGCUGCAGAGGCUCACCAGCUUACGUGGGGUGGCCAGUCUUAGCACGGACUUGUCUUUCAUCCAUCACCAGACGGCCACACCUCAGCAGCCAGUGUUGGAGGAGGACCUAGAAGCCCUAGUUUCCCGGGAUGAAGACCUUCAGAUGCUGAGACUGGGGCUGGUGGUCCCGGCAGCCCAGCCCCCACCCUCCUGGCAACAGCGGCAGGAGGCCUUUGACAACUAUCUGCGUCUCAUCUAUGGCCCUGGCUUGCUGGGCAUGCGUUCUGGAAGAGAGUCCCAGCAAUGGAGUACUGUGACCCUCACACUGGAGAGAGAGACCUGCGAUGUGUGUGCCUCGCCCACAGCUGCCCUCAGUCUUAGGCAGGCUGAGGUCUGCACCGAAGCCCUAAGGGGGCCGGCAGCCCGCCCCUUGCAGGACCUGGGGACCGGGGGCCAGCGCUUCGCCCCCCCUCCCCGAGUCCCCUUGCCCACCCCCCACCCCCACUGGGGGGUGCACAGCAGGGCCUCCCAGCUGCUGGCCCGCUCCUCUCUGAGCGGCAGCCUGGGCCUCAGUCUGGACCUGCAGCUGCAGUUGGAGCGGCUCCGAGGGGAGAAGCCUGUGGUCCCGGGCCUACCAUCCCCCCACAUACAGCACAGGAUCCCCCUCCUGAUGAAGAGGCGGCCCGAGGAGCUCCUCUCCAACCUCCAAGGCUUCUUUCCUGCCACCAUUCAGCCCUGUGAGCCCUCGCGCAGGCCCAUCCACUUCCCCGGCAGCGUGCCCAACUCCGUGGUGCUGCAGCAGAUGUGGCCGCACAGGGAGGUCAGCGGCCUCGGAGCCCCCGCCCCGCUCACCAGCCAUGGCAGACACCAGGCAAGGGAGGACCGGGGGGCUCGCUCCUGGGCUCUGUGGAAGGGGGCCCGAGUUCCCGCAGCAUGCCAGCGGCCACCCGUGCUCUCCCCUCUGCAGCCAGGUGGGAGCCAGGACAUGUGGCUGCCACGACGACGCGGGAGGCAGCGGCACGCCAAGUGGCAGCAGAAGCUGAUCCGGUGGUUGGGGGAAGAGGAGGCGGAGGAGGAGGAGGAGGACGAGCUGUAUCUGGACUGGGCCUCCGACUCCCUGAGCCCACGCGGGCACCUCUCCGAGUUGGAGGAGGCCAAGAGCCCCGAGGAUUGGACCCCGAAGCCCUCGCACUCUCGUGACGCCUCCGCCGGGACCCAGGCCUCGCGCGGCCCCUCGUACCCCUUCAGGCGCUCGCUCUGGGAAGAGCGCUACGGCCAUCUGCCCAGGUUUCUGCAGUUUUUCGUCUGCCAGAACUGGUUCAAAAAGCUGUUCCCCAUCUUCAACCUGAAGGUUCGGGGGUCUCGGGCACCUGGGAAGCACAGGCUGGCGGGGAGGUGGGCAGUGCAGGGAACAGGGCCUCGGCGCUGGGUAUCACAGGUGUAUCCCGAAGUGGGCACGGUGGAGGGCCUGGCCUCGCUGCUCAUGGGCCUGCUGGACGAGGCCUCCUGGGCAGACCGCGUGCACAUCCUGGGAGCGCUGCUGUGGCUGCUGCCUGACGUGAGCAGAGACCUCUGUAACCGGCUGCGGGGCAUCCUGGAGCGCUUGCUCAACCUGGACCAGCCCCCCAGCCUCGAGGACCAGACGCAGAAGCAGUUCGUGAUGCUGGCGUUGCAGCUCCUUCUGGCAUGCUCCCUGGAGUCCCGCGAGGUGGUGCUGGAGCUCAUGUCCUACUUCCUCUACUCGCCAGCCUCCUGCCGGCCCUGGCUCAAGAAGCUGCUGGAAGGGCUAGGCCUUCAGGAUCCGCAGGGCUUUCUGUUCAAGGAGAUGACGACCUGGGUCCAGGGCCCGGACGCCAACUGCAAGGCUGCACUGCGCCAACGCUGCUGCCAGGAGCUGGAGGAAAUGAUGGAGCGGCUACAGAUGGAAUCCUUGCAGCCUUCUGUAGUAGCCGAGUUGUCAGAGGUGCUGCCCAAGGUCUCCAGGACCUCGGCACUUUACCCUCCUCCCAAGGAGGCCCCGUCUCAGAUUUCCGUGCUUUCUGGGUCACCUUUUCAUGUCUCAGUGACACCCUCAGCCUAUUCCUGGGCCCCCUCACUGGUGGUCUCACCUGGGGAGCUGGACUUGGCCACCCUUGAGUCCCAGGCCCAGCAAAUGCUUCCACCAAUGUGCUUCUGGCGGACCAGACGCACGCUGUCAGAGACACUGCGACACUUCUGCCCCUCGUCCGAGGUCCAUUUGCAGCCCUCAGUACCCACUGCGCUGCCGGAUAAGCCACUGCCACUGGAGCAGACGGACUGGUCACAGUCGCAGAUGCUGGACCUGAGGCCGAUCGAUGCGCUCAACUUCUUCUGUGAACAGCAGCGGGCCCGGCAGCAGAGUCCCCUGCAGGAGGAGCCCGAGAGCCCAUGCCUGAGCUUGCGCCCACCUGUGCCCAACACGGUGCUACCACAGCCCUGGGAUCGCUGGCACUAUCCUAUCCUCCGGCUUCAGGAGGCCAAGGUCCAGAGGUCUCCGAUGAGACUGAGAGGCCGGAUGCCGUCCCGGCUCCGGGUGGGCAGUGCCCUCCAUGGCUCCAUCCGCAUGCUGAAACUGCCCCUGCCGAGGGUGGAAAUUCGUCCCUUCCCCCCGGCCUGGCCCAGGCCUGCCCGUCCGCUGCCCCCACUGCUCCUGCAGCCUGCUUUACAGCGCUACUUUCUGCCAGAUGACACGAACCCUGACAGCUACAGUUGACCAGGCUGGUGGCCCCAGUCUCUUCUUCCCUCCAGCCUGGAGUCAGGAAGCCGCUUUCCAGCCAACUGUUCUCCCCCUAGAAAUAAAGUCCAGAGGUCGUGGCCAGAAAA